UGGACGUGCGGCGGCUGCUCGUGGGAAACUUGAGCCCAGCAGAGCAGAACAUUUCCCCUUGGCCCGGCCGGCAAAGCAGCAGCAGCAGCAGCAGCAGCAGCAGCAGCGUUCAGGGAGGCUACUCGUUGUGGCCUGCUUACUGGUUGAGCAACACUGCUGCUGCUGCUGCAGUCCAGCUGCUGCAGCAGCUGCAGCGGCGGCAGCACCAGCAGCAGACGGAAGCCGAGUGCGCCUUAACAGCAAAAAUUUGUUCGUCUCUUGCUGAGCUGCACGAGCCUUUGGAGACUGGAUCUGACGAGGCGGUGCUGCAGGAACUUUGCACUGGAGCAGCGGGAGACCUUUUUGGCUUCAAUGCCCGUUUGUGCAGCACGCAGCUGCUACAGCAGCAGCAGGUGCUGCUGCAGCACCGGCUGGUGGCGCUGCAGCAGAAGGCCGUGGAGCUGGCGGAGCUGCUGCAGCAGCAGCAACAGCAGCAGCAGCAGCACCCCCGCAAGAGGCAAAAGCAGCAAGGAGACUCUCAAGUGCUGCAUGCGCUGCAGCAGCAAAUCAGCAACAGCCAGGAGGCCUACGGCCGCCUCGCCCCUCUCUAUCUAAUCAUAAGCAACGAGCUCCAUCAGGUGAGCUCUAAACCCUAA